GAUCAGAGUAGAGAAAUAUGGCUGAAUUCCUAUGGACUUUUGCUGUGCAAGAAGUGUUGAAGAAAGUAGUGAAACUUUCAGCUGAGCAAAUUGGAUUGGCAUGGGGCUUGGAGGAGGAGCUUUGCAAGUUGACCAACUGGUUACUCAAGGCCGAAGCCAUUUUAUGCGAUAUUAACAGAAAAAAGUUGCAUCAUGAAUCUGUGAGGCUGUGGGUGGAGGAUCUUCAACAUGUUGUUCAUGAAGCCGACGAUUUGUUGGACGAGCUUGUUUAUGAAGAUCUUCGACGAAAGGUGGAAACGGGAGUAAUGAAGAAGGUACGCAAUUCUACUUCACCAUCGCGCAAUCUUAUUAUCUUUCGUCACAAGAUGACUAAGAAAAUUAAGGACAUUAUUGAAACGUUGCGUAAAUGUUACUAUGAGGCAAGUCCUUUAGGACUCGUGGAUGAAGAAUCUGUAGGGGGAGAGCAUAAUGAUCUUAUCCAGAUUCGAGAGACGAUCUCGAAGCUUGAUGAUUUUGAGGUUGUAGGAAGGGAGAUUGAAGUUUCAAGCAUAGUGAAACAAGUGAUCGAUGCUAGCGAACAAAGUUUUACAUCUAUCUUACCAAUUGUGGGUAUGGGUGGACUUGGGAAAUCAACAUUGGCAAAGAUAGUCUUCAAUCACGAGGUGAUCAAAGGACACUUUGAUGAAACGAUAUGGGUAUGUGUGUCUGAACCAUUUUUUAUCAACAAAAUUUUGGAAGCAAUGUUUUAGACGGUAAAGGGUAGUUCUAGUGGGUU